AUGCAGGCCUUUGCUGCGCGUCUUGCUGCCUCUGCGUCUGGCUCUGCUGGUCAUGUCGUCGCCGCUGCUGUCGCGGAUGUACCGCAGACCUUUGCUGUCGGGCUCGCCGCCCUCAACGCCUUUCUCCAGGUCAACGUCACAGGUCCUGUCCUCACCGACGCCGCCGCCAUCAAUGCCCGUCUGACACAAGCGUGGUCUGACGCGCAGCCGGGAGUCGCUGAUGCCGCCCUCGACCAGCUGCACAAGGCCUGCCUCCGCGACCUCGAAGUCGACGGCGUCUCGCCCUACGCUUACAUCCCGCACCUGGAGCUCUUCGCCCUCGCCAAGUUCAUCCUCACCCAGGCGCUGGAGGACGUGGCCGCCGACGUGGUGGAGAUCCCCUCCGACGAGGGCGCGCUCAAGCACAGCCUUGCCUGGACGCGGCUCCGCGUCUGCGUGUGGCACUACAAGCUCCUGACGCAGCCGAGUCUCGGCCCCGGGUCCAACUUCACCCGCAGUUCCCAGUGGAGCGACGUGCCGACCCUGGCCACGCAGAUCCUUGACAGCAUCGAUGUCGUCCGCUCGCAAGUCCUCAGCGAGGAGGUGUGGGCGGCCAACGGCUCCUGGAGCCGCGAGGACAAGGUCCAGUUCCUCGUGGAGGCUGCCAACAACUACAUCCUCCUCGGCCGGGACGACAAGGCCCGGGAAGCCCUGAAGGAGGCCAGCCAGACGAGUGGUCUGGUGUACGCGCUCUCCGGCGCCCUUGGAAAGAGAACCAAGUUCCAGGAGAAGAGCACGAGUCAGCUCGUCGUCCUGGCAAAGAGUGGUGUCGAGUCACCCGCUGAAGGCGAGGACAAAGAGCAGGACGCCAAGCCCGACGCCCUACCGCUAAACAACGACACUCUCCUCGAAGAGAUUCACUUUACCAAGGAAAAAGAAGCGAGUGAAGACCCCAAGACAGUUCUCCCCGAGGCCCUAGCCGACCUUGCACCCGAUGACCAGCCCCAACUAUCCCCCAUCGACCAGAUCAUUCUCCUCACCGAGGCCACGCUCAAGGAUGCAUUCUCGCCAGCGGACACUCUGACUUCGGAAGAGGUCCUUCCCUUUGCCGUGCGUGUCAUAAGCGACAAGUCGACCAACUGGCAAAUCUACACCCAGGCGCUGCUCGUCCGCUCGCGGAUAGAGAUCCAUCGCAGCAGGACCAUCGAGCGCGGCGUCUUGCAGUUGCAGGCCGUAGCAGACCAGGUCAUGUCCGACACGACAUCUGAAGCCCAGCCGGAGACAAAUGCCGAAGAGGCCAACACUGACACGCCCGUCAUCCAGAUCAGCGCUCCCGGCCAGACCGUGUCUAAGCCUACAUCCUUCCUCCCUGCCCCCAAGGCCUCCGAGUCUGCUCCGGCGCAUAUCCGCCUCCAGUACAUCCACGCCCUCUCGUCUCCUCCCCGAUGGCACCUCGAGUCCGAGCUCGCCUACGCCUGGGCUGGCGUUGGCUCUCUCACCUCUGCUCUCGAAAUCUUCAAGCGUUUGCGCCUGUGGGCUGAGGUCGCGCUCUGUCUCGCUAGUAGCGAGGCUACCGAGGAUGAGGAUGGCCGAGGGAGCGGUGGCGAGGCCAAGGCACAGGGUAUCGUCCGAUGGCGGCUGUUCCAGCGUACUGGGGAAACAGAUGCGUCGGCAGAUACCGACGACGAGAACAUCGGCGAGGACGUCAUGUAUCUCAAGGCCGAUGACUAUACCGGCCCCGAGCGUGAUCCGCCGCCGCCCAACGCCCCCCGUCUGUUCUGCAUCCUGGGCGAGAUCGAGAACGAGCCGGCUCACUACGAACGCGCGUGGGAAAUCUCCAAGCACCGCUUCGCCCGCGCGCAAAAGUCGCUCGCCGAGCACUACCUCCAGAUCAAGGACUUGGAGAAGGCGCGCGACGCCUACAAGAAGGCCACGGCCGUCAACCGACUGAGCCCCGACAUGUGGAGCCGACUCGGCGAUAUCAGCCUGCGGCUUGGCCAGUUCGACGAUGCUGCUGCGGCCUUCAACCGCUCCAUCAGCUGCGCGAGCGACACGGCCGGAGGAGAGGAUGCCCGGACGUGGAGUAACCUGGGCAGUGCGCUGUGGAGUCUGUACGUCGAGGUGACGUCGAAGCCGCAGGAGCAGGAGCCUGAGAAGACGGAGCCCGUUGCUCUCGCGGACGACGAGGAGGAUGACAUGGCCGCUACGGUCGUGAAGAAGGAUGUUGGCCGCGAUCCCGCCACGCUCCUCGCCCAAGCCCUGGCAGCGUACAAGAAGGGCGCCUCCAUCGCGCACUCCAACUGGCGCAUCUGGGACAACGUCCUCACGCUCGCCGCGCGCAUGCACCCGCCGGCCAUUGCGGAGAUGGUCCUCGCCCUGCGCCACAUCAUCCUCAUCCGCAAGUCCGAGGACGCCCUGGACAUCGACGUGCUCAGCGCCCUGCUGCAAGACGUGGUGCUGUCCAAGGAGAAGCCCGCCGGCACCGACAUCUACGAGCCCCCGCGCGGCUCGCACGAGCGCCUCGUUACGCGCAUCGUCGAGGAGCAGAUCGUGCCGCUCAUCACCAAGCGCUCCGAGCUGUGGGCGCUCGUGUCGCGCCUGCGCGGCUGGCGUCGCGACCACGUCGGCGCCAUCGAGGCGGCCGAACGGGCUUGGCGCGCGGCCAUCGGGUCUUCGGGCAGCGGACUGCUCCCCGGCGCGGCGGCGACUUCGGCGGACGAGGCGCGGGACUGGACGGCCGACGCCGGCGCGUGGGCCGUUGUCGUCGAGCGCACCGAUGCGCUGGUGUCGGUGCUGGAGAACUGGGGCCCGGAAGUCGAGACCAUCGGGCCCAGGUGGAAGGGCAAGGCCCGGCUUGCGGUGCGGAGUGUCAUGGGCAAGGGCCGGGAGAGCUGGGAGGGCUCCGAUGGGUGGACCGUGUUGGAGGGACUGAUGGAGAACCUGAAGAGUUCGUGA